CACACCCUUGAUACAACAUGGCGGUUCAAUAUGUAGCGAAACAGUUGGUCUGUCCAAAUGGAAUUAUCAAACUAUUUAUUUGAUUUUAUACCAAUUGGCAAAAUUAAUUCUGUAACUUAGGUAGUAACAAUUUAAUUAACACGUAGGAACCAGCUGUGGAACGGAAAUUAAGGGAGAAAACCGGAUUUAAAGUAACUUUUGUAACAAGUGUCAAACUGCAGAGUUGUCUCCGAAUCCGUGUCGUCUUUUCUAAGUUUUUGGUGUCUACCAUAAGAAAUGAAAAUGGCGGACAGACAGUCGAAAGGUUUGAUUGAUCCGGAAGAGCGUUUUACGAAGCUCGAGAAGAUUGGUAAAGGAUCGUUUGGUGAAGUUUAUAAAGGAAUAGACAAUGAAUCAAAGGCUGUGGUAGCCAUUAAAAUAAUCGAUUUAGAGGAAGCAGAGGAUGAGAUAGAAGACAUACAACAAGAAAUCAUGGUUCUUUCUCAGUGUGAUUCACCUUAUGUUACAAAAUAUUUCGGUUCAUAUCUCAAGGGAUCUAAGUUAUGGAUUAUCAUGGAAUAUUUAGGAGGGGGAUCAGCAUUAGAUCUGAUGAAGGCGGGACCUUUUACAGAAUCAGACAUCGCUAUUAUUAUACGAGAAAUAUUAAAGGGCCUUGAUUAUUUACAUUCAGAGAUGAAAUUACACAGAGAUAUAAAAGCCGCAAAUGUAUUACUGUCGGAACAAGGUGAUGUGAAGUUAGCAGAUUUUGGUGUUGCUGGGCAACUAACUAGUACGACCAAUAAACGACAGACGUUUGUUGGUACACCGUUCUGGAUGGCACCAGAAGUUAUAAAACAAUCGGCGUAUGAUACAAAGGCUGAUAUAUGGAGUCUGGGUAUUACAGCUAUAGAAUUAGCAAAAGGGGAACCCCCGAAUUCCGAACUUCAUCCAAUGCGAGUUCUCUUUCUCAUUCCAAAAAACAAUCCGCCUCAGUUAAUGGGCAAUUAUUCCAGAGCCUUUAAAGAAUUUGUAGAUACUUGUUUAAAUAAAGAUCCUAAUAACCGCCCUGGUGCUAAAGAAUUAUUACGCCAUCGUUUUGUACAGAGAGCCAAAAAGACGUCAUACCUUGUUGAUUUAAUAGAUAAAUAUAAAAACUGGAAAACAGAACGUGGACAUGCUAGUGAUAGUGAUGAUUCUGAUGAUGAUGAUAAUAGUGAAGAAGAAACGUUACAAGAAGAAUGGAAUAACACAGUGAGAGAAGCAGGCAAUGGUUUACAGAAUAUUAUACUUAAUGGUGGUGGUUAUCAUGAGAAACGUAUUAUCGCCACUGCUCCUCCGCCUCCAAUAAUUCAAAAUCAACAACAGCCAUAUCAUCAACAACCACCACCACCACCACCACCACAACAAUAUGAACCACCAGCGCCACCUCCUCUAAUUGAGGAAGAGAAAUCCAGAAACCGAAAUUUUUUCUCUUCUGAACCUUCUCCGCCACAACACCCUGUUAAUAAUCAUACCACUAAUCCUUAUCCAGGUUUUCAUGUAAAUCAACAUCCAGCUCCCGUUAAACCCCAACCACAAGGUGUUUAUCAUGGUAGAAGUGGCUCCGCACCUGAACAGUUUGAUCCACGGAAUGACAUGCCACCUCCUAAACAUCUUCGCAGUCAUUCAGAUUUAGCUCCGCCAAUGAAACAACCUGAACCACCAAGUUCACGUCCUUACAUUUCUCGACCUAAAUCGCAGCCUGAUCUUCAGAAUCCGCGCAGCAGUUAUAACGAGCAUCACUAUCAAUCACAUCCAGGUUUUAUCACCACUAGUAGCCAUGACAAACGACAAGCACCAGCCCCACCUCGACCAGAACAUAACGGAGAACGUCCAAUGGUAUCAGCCAGUCUUUCUACUGCUAUUUUACCUAUUUUAUCACAGUUAAAGGUUGAUUAUAGGGAGGAUUACAGUAGACUUGGACGUCCAGUGCAAAAAACAGAGGCAAUUGAUGAGUUACGGAAUGCUUUUGAUUUAGCUGAGAAGUCUUGUCCUGGUCUAGCAGAUGAUCUUGUAUCUGGGAUAUUAGCACGAUUAACAGAAGAAAGCGACAUGAGGGAGGGUGAAGUACGAAGGGCGAUAGACAGAACAAAACGAUGAUCCAGGUAUUGAUUACAGUCUUGGUGGAUGGCCGAAUGAUGAAGUUUGAAGUAGAUGUUUGUUUGUCUUAGAUUACGACAGGAAGACGAUGAACCUGAUGUAAAUCAACCAAUCAGCACCAAGAAUCAUCUCAUUUCAUCAGAUAACACGAGGAUAACGACAUCUCAUGGAUAAUUAAUAUAGAUAAAUAUAUCUUUAAUUUUUCUACACAAUUAAAUCAACAAGGGGGAUAAUUUCACCCUUUUCAAUCAUCAUCAUCCAUUCAUCCAAUUAUAGUCAUCGUUAAUUAUCACUAUAGCAACCUGGAUAUUCCAAAUAUAGACAUUUUCUUUCCGAUGCGUGGGAUAACUUAAUUUACUCAACUAACGUAACUGUGUGUUUGAUUGACUAAUAUAAAACGCUGUUUAUUGCAUUUCAUAGAUUUGUCUUCACAUAUUUUAUAGGGUUCAAUUAAUCCAGAUUUCUUGAUAGCAUUUAUUGUCUAUUUAUGGGUGGUGGGUCACAGAUUGACUAUGACAACAGAAAAAUAUUAUAAACUAUGAAGAAACCUUUUUCAGAAAGGUGGUAGAUAUAGUUCAAUCCUUCCCCCUUAGCUCUAUAGACACUCAGCUUGAGUCGUGGGUUGACAUCAACCAGGUGGCGUUGGUUGUACUACUACCACUUCCUACGGUCAAUCAAAUCGAUGUUUAUUUUAAUAUCUCUUCUGCUGUAGUUUAAUCAGAGAAACUUUUCAAAUUAUUUGUUUUAUAAUUUAUUGAAAUUUGGUUUUGUUAUAAAAUAAAUAUGGGUGAUUUAAUUCAGUAUUAUUGUUAUUUCGUAUCUCAGAAUAUAAUGAAAAAAAUCUAGACUUCAUGUUUGCUAUCUUAAAAAAACUCUGUUAUUAAAAACUUGUUUGGAUUAAAGGGGCUAUUUUACGAUUUCAUAAGACACUGUAAAAACCAAAGUGUGUUUAAGUCUGCAAAUCAAACAUCUUUACCUUGUCUGGAAGUUACAAAUAAAAAUAUAUAGACAAGAUUAUCCAGCCUGAUAUAUUGCUAAAUGAAAAUCAAAAAAUAUCUUGAUACUGAUCAUCCCCAAACAAAUCAUAGAAUGAUUAAAAUUAAAUGAAAAAUUUACAAAGGGGAGGUAAUUCAUGUCUAUACUGAUUAUAUCAUUCAACGAAAAUCACAAAAUCAAUGGAAAUAAUUAAACAAAGGGAAGAUAAUUCAUAUUUAGAUCAAAACAAUGAAGCAUAAAAACUGCAUUUGAUAAAUUAUUAAUAUUGGAAUAAUACAAUGAGUAUUUAGAUGGAUCUGAUUCUGACUAGGAAAUAAGUUAAAUUAUUACCAUGGUUAUUUUGUAUAAAUUGUGUAUUUAUUGAUUAUUGAAGAAUACGACUGAUGAUUUAAAACAUAUCACUUGGUUCACACAGUUUAUAAAUUAACAUCUGAACAUGUUGCUAUCUCUGUAUUACUACAAGUUGGAUGAAUCAUUGGCAGUAUGAAUGAUAUCAUAAAUCAGACUCUGAUUGACAGUCUAGAUCAAUGGAUGGGGCAUUAGGCAGGCAAUGCAUGAUCACAGACAAGGUGCACUAGGCAGGCAAUGCAUGAUCGCAGGUGCACUUGCAAGAAGUCAUCUGAUUUGUAGCAAAAGAAACCCAACAUGAGAAGUUUUCUUAUAAACUAAUUUGUAAAUAUUUAACAUUUAUAUUAAGACAUAGUUGUACAUAAUAUAUAUAAAUAAAUAAAUAAAUAAUAUAUCUUUAUAAAGAAAAUAAACCAACCACAAUCUGACGAUAAAUGUACCUAUGAAUAAUAAAAACAACCGAACACAGUUUUCUAGGAGUUAGGAGCCAUCUUCACCUGCUUAGCUUCGUGUUAACUAAAUGUUAUUAAUUACGUAUUUCAUGACCCCACAGGGUGACCUUACUCACCCUGUUAGCCUGGGUUAUGAUUUCAAGAAUUGUGUUAAUCAGUUAUUUGACAUGAAGAUAAAAUUAAUAUGACAUUAAACAAUCAUUACAUUUCAUUUAUUAGGCUGCAUUUUUUUUUUUUUAUUAGAAAUUUGUGUUCGGUGGUGAAUUUUGCAUAUAAGAGAUUGUAAUGCUAAAUUCAUUGUCAUGGUAUUCUUGUAGCUAUGGUAACUUCGUUGUCAUGGUAUCUUCGUGAUGAGGGUAUCUUUAUGGUAUCUUCAUAGCAAUGGUAUCUUUGUUGUCAUGGUAUCUUCAUACUAGAGUGAUGGUAUCUUUAUAACUAUGGUAUCUUUGUUGUCAUGGUUACCUUUGUAGCACGGGAUCAUUGACCCGUGAUACAUUUUGUAUUUAAAGAUGCUGAUUUUACGGGGAAACAAUUUUGUGAUAGGGUUAGGGUUGGGUAAAAAAUCAAAAAUUAUAUGUGAAAUAUAUAGUUGAGAUUCUUGCCGUUGAAAGAGGAAUUGGUACCCAUCCUAUAAAUAACUCUCAUUAUUAAAAAAAUGUCCAUGGAAAUAGUUGCUUCCCUUUAAUACACAAAAUCUAGGGGACACUCGAAUGUCAGUUCGAAACGUUCCAAAUUGACAGAAUUUCAAUCGUAUGACGUGGAAUUCAGUUCUGAUAGUCCAGAUGACGGAGGUAGUGUGAGGUUGUUUCGGCUGUCGUGGUUGGUUGAGAUAUUUUCUCACGCAGUCUGCAAAUGCGUUCUAGCUCAAAAUCCCCAUUUUCACUCGAUUGUCACUGUUCAGUUCCAGAACGUUUAAUCAGGCAUCCCCUAGUUGUCUCCUGUAUUGAUACCCCCGUAUAAUUUAUUAAGCUUACAUAUUUUUAUACUGUUAUAAAAACUGGGGCCGGUUUCACAAACACUUAAAUAGAUUUUGACUAAAAUCGUCCCUAAAAUAGUUUUGUGAAACACCACGAUUUUAAGUUAAGAUCAAAUUUUAACUUAAAAUGUUAGGAUGAUAUUUUAGUUUGAUGAUUUUAUGAAGAUUUAAUUUUUUGUGAAACGGGGCUCUGGACUGGAAUAUUCAUUACUGCUUGAUUUCAUUCAAGUCUUGUUUACGAUUAUCGUAGGUUUACGAUUAUCAAAGGUUUUGGAGCAGAAAUUAUCAUCCAAAUCCACAUGAUAUAGAAAUUAAAAGACAUUGUAUUUUUUCUUGUGUAUGUAUAUAAUUUGGGUGGAAUAUAUUAUUAUUAUGAUUAUUAUGUAACUAAUGAAAUUUGAAUAGUCGUUAUUAUAUUAUAUAUUAUAUUAUUACUGACAAAUAACCAUAUAAGAUGUACAUUUUCAUCCAAUCACAGUCUCAGAAGUUAUGUUUCUCCUUAGAUAUAUUACUAUGGUAACAGUAGUAACAUGUUUUCUCUCUUCAGAUAUCCGCCCCAUUCUUUUAUCUUUCUAAUUUUAGAGUUAAACAUACAUUAUACAAGAGCUAAAUCUGCCUAUUGCAGGUCUUUCUUUAGGCCUGAAAUGUUAUCUUAAUUAUUAAUUAGACAUUAAUUAACUUAUCCAGACCAUAAUUAACGCUCGAUGUCAAUGCUAGCCUGCGAUAUUUAUUGGAUUAGGAUCCGAUUUGCUGCUCAAUUUUCAUUCAUGAUUUAAAUCAUGAAAUGGAUAAUCAAGACUAUGUUUUUUAUGGUACCAACUUUAGUAAUGAUGAUCAAGGCUAGGCCGAAAAUUCAAUCGCUAAAAUCUCGGUUCAGAGUGAAUCAAUUUGAAAUUUUCAGCAAAUUGCCUUUACAUUAUCUAGUUUUUAACUAUUAUAGUGAGAACUGACAGCUUUUUAUCUAAUCUCCCAUAAUGUAUCUUUAAUUUAUGACAUUAAUUGUCAAAACAUUUCCAGACAGGAAAAUUCUGAUACAUUUAAUUCUAAAAUGUUCCUGUUUUCUUAAUCCAGCAGCCUCGUUAUGCUGGCAUUUAUCUGAAGAUGGAAUAUACAUGUACAUACAACUGUAUUUUAUAUAUACAUAUAUAUAUAUAUUAAAAGAUGACAAAGUAGGAGUCUUGAUGACUAUUACAAAGGGUGAUAACCCUGGAAGUCUUGAUGACUAUUACAAAGGGUGAUAAUCCUGACAUAUUAAAAAUUUCACAACAUACCACAUUUAUAAGAAUAAAAUAUAUUGAUUCAUAUAAAAUAAAAAUAAAACAUGCA